AUGCCUCCCAAGAAGAGCUCCGGCGAUGACAGCUCGCCCACUGGCCUCACGGACGGUGAACUCCGUUUCAUCAAAGCCGUUUUCGACAACAUGACCCAGAAGCCCGACGCCGACUGGGACGCCGUCGCCGCAUCCCUGAGCCUCAAAGACGCAAAGUGUGCCAAGGAGCGCUUCCGCCAGAUGUCCGUCCGCCACGGUUGGCGCGGCGAUGCUGCUUCUGGCUCCAGCCCUCGCAAGCCUGCUGCUGCUGCCACUGCCACUGGAGUUGCCAAGAAGCCUCGCGCUCCUCGCACUCCUCGCAAGAAGCCUGCCAAGAAGGCUGAGGAGGAAGACGAUGUCAAAGAUGAGACCAAGGCCGAGGACAAGAAGGUCAAGGUUGAGAGUGUCGACGAGGAUGACGAAGAAUCAGACUAA